AGGCCCCAGUGACAUUGAGAGGCGGCGCUAGGCGUCCUCUGGUCCUGGGUAUUUGCGGAGGGCGGGGUCUUCUCACUUUCCCGCUUAUUUCUGGGUCCUGGGUCCGCGGCGGGAAUACGAAGAGGAGCCGGCUUCUAGGCCUACCUGGACAUUUCUCACCUCGAUUUGCCCACCGUUAUUUGGAGCAUUUUCUAAAUGUUUACGGGUGGUGUCAUUGUGUGUUUUUCGGAAACGAGUCAUACCUGAGGAGUAACGCAAUGGUGAUGUGACUGAUGGAGGAGUGGGUUUUUUCUCCUGGCCGAGCCAUUCUCUAGCCUCUACCCUCCUCCGCCACCAUCACCGAAGGAUUUUUUACGCGCAACUCUUCUGUCAGAAACUAGUGUGUUUCUUUUCCUCUUCUGUUCCUCAAGCCCCCCGCCCCUCCUCUUGUCUUCCUUUAUUCUGCGUUAACCCAUCUGGAGACCCUUCCCCUUCGCCUGCCGGCUCAGUUAUGGCGGAGAACGAUGUGGACAAUGAGCUCUUGGAUUAUGAAGAUGAUGAGGUGGAGACGGCAGCUGGGGGAGAUGGGGCUGAGGCCCCUGCCAAGAAGGAUGUCAAGGGCUCCUAUGUCUCCAUCCACAGCUCUGGCUUUCGUGACUUCCUGCUCAAGCCAGAGUUGCUCCGGGCCAUUGUUGACUGUGGCUUUGAGCAUCCUUCAGAAGUCCAGCAUGAGUGCAUCCCUCAGGCCAUCCUGGGAAUGGAUGUCCUAUGCCAGGCCAAGUCAGGCAUGGGAAAGACAGCGGUGUUUGUGCUGGCUACACUGCAACAAUUGGAGCCAGUUACUGGACAGGUGUCUGUACUGGUGAUGUGUCACACUCGGGAGUUGGCUUUUCAGAUCAGCAAGGAGUAUGAGCGCUUCUCCAAAUACAUGCCCAGCGUCAAGGUCGCAGUGUUUUUUGGUGGUCUGUCUAUCAAGAAGGAUGAAGAGGUGCUGAAGAAGAACUGCCCGCAUAUCGUCGUGGGGACCCCUGGCCGCAUCCUAGCCCUGGCUCGAAAUAAGAGCCUCAACCUCAAACACAUAAAACACUUUAUCUUGGAUGAAUGCGAUAAGAUGCUUGAACAACUCGACAUGCGUCGGGAUGUCCAGGAAAUUUUUCGCAUGACCCCCCAUGAGAAGCAGGUCAUGAUGUUCAGUGCUACCUUGAGCAAAGAGAUUCGUCCAGUCUGCCGCAAGUUCAUGCAAGACCCAAUGGAGAUCUUCGUGGAUGAUGAGACGAAGCUGACGCUGCAUGGAUUGCAGCAGUACUACGUGAAACUGAAGGACAACGAGAAGAACCGGAAGCUCUUUGACCUUCUGGAUGUCCUUGAAUUCAACCAGGUGGUGAUAUUUGUGAAGUCUGUGCAGCGUUGCAUUGCCCUGGCCCAGCUCCUGGUGGAGCAGAACUUCCCAGCCAUUGCCAUCCACCGAGGGAUGCCCCAGGAGGAGAGGCUUUCUCGGUAUCAGCAGUUUAAAGAUUUUCAACGACGGAUUCUCGUGGCUACCAACCUGUUUGGCCGAGGCAUGGACAUCGAGCGGGUGAACAUCGCCUUUAACUACGACAUGCCUGAGGAUUCAGACACCUACCUGCAUCGGGUGGCCAGAGCAGGCCGGUUUGGCACCAAGGGCUUGGCUAUCACAUUUGUGUCAGAUGAGAAUGAUGCCAAGAUCCUCAAUGAUGUGCAGGAUCGUUUUGAAGUCAAUAUAAGUGAGCUGCCUGAUGAGAUAGACAUCUCCUCCUACAUUGAACAGACACGGUAGAGGACUCACCCACCCAUUCUGGAAUGUGACAGUUCCUCUUCAGGAGACCGUACCAGGCGUGGGGGUGAAGGAGACACUACUGCUACCAACCCCGGACAGCCCCAGUCCCCCACCCCAUGACUUCCCUCUGGCAUCACCACCACUCCUAAAGCCCAUUUCCCCGAUUUGGCGGAAUUUUUUUUUUUUUUUUAACAAAACUAAAAAACUCA